UCGUUGCUUCAACUCGAGUGGAUCAACAUGCCUGAACCCGCCAAGUCCGCCCCUAAGAAGGGCUCCAAGAAAGCCGUGACCAAGAGCGCCGCUAAAGGAGGCAAGAAGAGGAAGAGGAGCAGGAAGGAGAGCUACGCCAUCUACGUGUACAAGGUGCUGAAGCAGGUCCAUCCUGACACCGGCAUCUCCUCCAAGGCCAUGAGCAUCAUGAACUCGUUCGUCAACGACAUCUUUGAGCGCAUCGCCUCCGAGUCCUCCCGCCUGGCUCACUACAACAAGCGCUCCACCAUCACCUCCAGGGAGAUCCAGACCGCUGUGCGCCUCCUGCUGCCCGGUGAGCUGGCCAAGCACGCUGUGUCUGAGGGCACCAAGGCUGUCACCAAGUACACCAGCUCCAAGUAAAGCUCUCUGCUCCAUCACCGCAAACCCAACGGCUCUUUUCAGAGCCACACACCUCAUCUAAAGAGCUAUGAUCAGCCAUCAAUGCAAACAGUCAAUACUGGACAACACUGGCUCAUUUCAAUCAGCUGCUCUAAGGUGUCCUCCAUCCCUAUAUCAUUUUAUUUUACUCCUUAACCAGCAUUUAUACCCACUUGUAUUUGAUUGCCCUUCUGUCAGCAUAGAUUGGUUUAAAAACUAGUGAUGGUGAGAUUAAACCUACAUCAAUCCCCACAGUUCAUGAAGCCUCAUGUGAACAUGUCACCACCUACUGGUGGAAAGCAGAACUAGUUAGUAAUAGAA